AUGCUAAACUUGUCUGUGAUUCGUGUUGGUUUAGAUAUGCGUAAAGUACCUGACGACCCAUAUGGUUUACAUUAUUCCGAUCAUGAAGGUGUAGCUGCAAGUUUUACUAUUACAAGAUUACGCAGUCCCGUCAAACCAGAAGGUGAAACAAUGUCAGCAAAUGAAUUAAAUCGAUUACGUGAUUUAUUAUUAGAUAUAGAUCAACAAUUAACUCGUGGCUUAAAUCAAUGUAUACAUGGUCGUUUAUUGCAUUUAACAUGGGCAAUAAUUAUAACAUUUUUAUUAGUUAUCUUAAUAUUAAUAUAUCCAACUGAUAGGUUUACAUCAAUUAUAAAAUGUUUAUUUGAAAUAAUACUUGGUAUUAUAUUAUUUACAUUAAUAUGGGGUUCAUUAAUUGGUAGAACUAUAGAAAAAUCCGGUUUAAAAAAUGCAAGACAUUCAAUUUUAACAUUAUCUUCAAGAUUAGAUAAUUCAAAUGACUUUACAUUAAUUAAAUAAUAAUUUACACCCUUUCGUUUUUUGUGUUCUUUCCUUAUAUAUAUAUUUUUCCCUCCUGUGCUUGUUUUCUCUUUUUUUUUCUCUAAAAUGAAUUUGAAUAGAAUGUGUUUAGACAAAGAAAUGUAUACCAUCGAAUUAUUAUUUCUUUCUACUUAAUCAACUCAUUGUGUGAUUGUAAUGAUGAUGUUAAGAUUGAUUUCUCUCUGUCUUUUUCUUUCUCACACACACAUACACGAUUUUCUUGUUCAUUCUCUUUUAAUUACAAACAAUUUACGGAAAUAAUAAACUGUCAUCGUAUAUCUCAUAUACCAAUUACUCAUAAUUGCUAUAUUUAACGAUGGUAAAAUUAUUGUAUUUGACACUGUGUGUGUAUUUUAAUUUUCUUUGUAAAUAUUUAGCAUGUAGGGGUUUGUUCGGUGUACCUAUAUAGACAUAUGCAGUAUUUGAAUGCAUAUUAUCAUAGUUGUAACUUUCAUUUGUCUCUUGUUUUUAUAUUGUACAUGUAUACAGAUUUAUGUUUAAUUUGAGAAAAAAAUAUUUACUCAUUUAUUAAUCAACUACUCAAUAUCUCCAUGUGUUUCUUUUUAUUUCAUAAAAAUAAAUGUAGUUAUAAUUUAUUUCAUGAAAAUAAUAAGUAAAUUAUGAUUAAUUUAAUCGAAUAAAAAUUUUUUUUUGAUUUUUU